AGAAAGAUGGCACUAGCAAUGGUAGAGAAGAAACAGAUAAUAUACUUCUUGGUGUUGGUGUUUGUUGGAAUCAUCGGAUUUCAAAUAUAUAUGACAACAACCGAAGCUGGCAACAAUAGUAAUAACAACAAUAAUAAUGGUGGUGGCCUUAUCAACACAAACAGCAACUCAAUGAGAACAUUGGAUCAGUUGCUGGAAAUACAGAAACAACAACAAGAGACAUUGAAGGAGCUGUCGGCGAGGAUCGCCCAUCUCUCUCAGAACAAUGGCCAGCCCAAUCAACCACACCAGCCCGAGCAACCACAUCAACCACACAAUGGCAAGUCUGGCGUGCUUAGGAAGAAGGAGUUCUUGUCCAAGGAGGACCACGCCAACAUUACGGCGCAAAUAGAGGCUAGACGCAAGAGCACCACACAGAAGAUCCCCAACACAUGCAUGCCCAUCACCGAGGGCAAGCAGGUGUGUCUUCCCAACUUCAUCGUGAUUGGCUCAAUGAAGGCCGGCACCACAUUCCUAGACUUUUACAUCCAGACGCAUCCACUGGUGGCCAAGCACACCAAGAAGGAGAUCUGGUACUUCAACAGCUUCUACUACAAGGGUAUCCAGUUCUAUGGCGACCACUUUGAGCCUGCCAUCGCAGGCGGCAGCAAAGAGCAGUCCAAACUCAUUGGCGAAGCCACGCCAUUCUAUGUAAAUAAUCCGUUCACGGCGCAGCGCAUCUUCUCCACACUUCGCAGCGUCAAGUUGAUCCUCAUGUUGCGCGACCCAGUGGACCGCGCACUCAGCCAGUACCACUUCUCGCUAAAGUGGAUGGAGGACAACAGAAACCGCAAUGAAGCUGCCACACUUGUCAAGCCCCUGUCAUUCGACGACAUGGUGCGCGAGGAGAUCGAUGUGAUCGACACGUGCGUGCGAGGCCAGGAGCGCUACAAAGCAGCGCUCGAUGAGUGGAAGCUGACGGCUGGACCGGACGACUCGUUCGAUCUUGAGAACCCGUACUUCCAGCUGCACAACGAUAAGAACUGGACAUUCUAUGCCGAGUGCAAGAAGUGCGACAAGUGUUUCCAGACUGGCAACAUGUUGCACGCCUCUGGUCACCCCACCUUUGGUAUGUUGGCUAAGUCACUCUACUAUGAUCAGUUGGAGCACUGGCUCAACUACUUCCCAUUGGACCAAAUUCACAUCGUCCGUUAUGAGGACAUUGCAAAUCAACCAGAGAAGGUGAUGAGUGAUGUGGAACUAUUUUUGGGACUGCCAGAGUAUGAUUAUGGAGAGUUUAGACCAAAGAAUGUUGUUCCACAUGGACCUAUGAACAAUGAUACUCGCGCGAUGCUAGUAGAAUACUUUAGACCACAGAAUGAGAAGCUGUACAAGCUAUUGAACCGCGACUUUGGAUGGGCA